AUGGACGAGACUCGCCAGAGUAGGCCGAGCGGCCUCCCUCGUCCGUCCAAAAUCCCCGUGCAAACAUCGAAGCUCCCGAUCCCACGCACGAACUCGAUCCGAACCUCCCCAUCGCGGGAAGGUCUGGCAACCACCGCCGGGGCAGGAAGCUUGCGCAACCCCAAACUCCGGACCGCCGUCUCGCGCGACCAGCUUGCCCCGUCGCCUACCACUCCCACAAGAGCUAAAAGCCGUUCCCCAACCAGCACUGCUCCUCUGCGUGCCGUCUCAUCACCUCACAGCCGGGCGGGUCUUAGUCAACCCUCGGCAGGCAAUACACACACGGGAAGAUUAGCACCGAGCUCGUCAGCGCAAUCUUUAAGGCCAACAAGAGGAGGCACCCAGGCAAUUGGUCCGGGAGCUAGGUCGAGCUCGGCGACUACGGGCUUGCUCCGCCGUCAGUCGUCGCAGCAAUGGAUCUCCGCAACAGCCAUGCCAGAAGAGGAGCCGAGUUCAGGGGAAUCCGGGACCACGGUGGCUGAUGGGAAAGACACUGUGCCGGAGUCUCCCUCCAAAUCGGGGCCCUCGCUUGCAGAACGGACUAUGGAGACACUCUUUCGUUUGCCAUCCUCGCCGUCUGUAAAAGGAAGAGACGCGCCGUCGUUUUACGACCCCGCCAGCGGAAGGCCGCCCUCCCGCCCCGGUAGUAGGACAUCUCGGCCGGGAUCCAGCCACCAGUCGGACACAUCAAGCGGGCGGCCUAGGGCCGGUAGCAGGCCCGGUUCCAGCUCUGGCUUAGAAGAGUCUAUUUCCAGUUUCCGCUCGCAGAUUGCCACGUACGAGAACCCGCUCUCCCCCAUCGAAGGCACGCCUUUGCGGAAUCGGCGUAGUAUCCAGUCCUUUCAGUCGCCAUCGGUUAAGGCCACCCCGUCAAAGCAAGGGCGAACAUCCAUGUAUGGGAUGCCGCCUCCCAGCGCUAUUGCCGCCCCGCGAACGAGGACACCCAGUCCGGGAAAGCGUGAACCCGAAGUCUCGAUUCCCAAGUCCACCUCGAAGACUCUGGCCCCGCGGCCGCCAACCAAGCGGCCUUCGGUCAACGGUUUGUUCAAGAAGCCGUCACAGUCCAAGCUUGGCGGGGAAGCGCCCAGAAAAGCGUCCCUGGUCUCACGUGGCUCGUCCGUAACGUCUUGGGAUGGCACGAUCCCAUCCAGUGCUUCUGUUGCGUCUGGCAGCACGGGGAUCACCGCGGACUCGGCUGAACCCGGCCAAACGCAGAAGAAAUCGUCGGCAGCUCUGCGUGAGCAGAUUGCCAAGGCGAAAGCAGCCAAGAAAGCCGCGUUCCAACAGGCUGCUUCUAAUGCUGCGGCCGUCUCUGAGGAUUCUACUUUGGUGCCCACAGACUCUAGCUUUGACUUUGGCCUAUCCAGCGAUCCAUUCAACCAGAACCGCGAUGACAAGUCGCAAGCCAAGGUGCUUCAGACCCGGCUUGGUACUGCCAGGACAAGCGGCCGACUCAAUAUCGCUGCGAUGGGCCUGAAAGACAUACCGGCAGAGGUCCUUGACAUGUACAACCUCGAGUCCAUCGGCCAGUCCGGUAGCGCAUGGGCUGAGAGCGUGGAUCUCACCCGCUUUGUCGCGGCCGACAACGAGUUGGAGAUGCUCAGUGACUCUGUGUUCCCAGACGUUGACCCACAGGAACUGGCCGAGGACGAAGACAGCCAAGGGAACAUUUUUGCUGGUCUGGAGACGCUCGACCUGCAUGGUAACAUUUUGGUUAACCUACCGAUGGGUCUGAGGCGCCUCGCUUUCCUCACGUCCCUCAAUCUGUCGUUGAACCGGCUGUCGAACAGCUCUCUCGAGGUGAUCUGCCAUAUUACAUCACUGAAGGAUCUUAAACUUGGGGGCAACCUCUUGUACGGCCCGCUUGACCCCUGUUUAUCCAACCUGGAGAGCCUCGAGAUUCUGGACCUCCACGGCAACAAUCUCUCAUCGUUGCCCGAAACCUUCAGCCAGCUCUCGCGUCUUCGGAUCUUGAACCUCAGCGAAAACGGAUUUGAAGAGCUGCCCUUUGCACUGCUGGCUGGCCUACCGUUAAGGGAGCUAAUUGCUCGCAAGAACCAGCUCCAUGGCACGCUGAUCCAGGACACUGUCGACGCUCUGCCGACGCUUCAGACAUUGGAUGUGGCAUCCAACCAGCUGGCCCAUAUUUGCUCCUUCGGCAAGACCGUGGCCAUGCCCGCUCUGCACCAGUUCUGUGUUUCCAUGAACCGAUUGCAGUCAUUGCCUGAUAUCAGCAGCUGGACCAGUCUCCUGACCAUCGCAGCCGACGAGAACAACAUUAAUGCCAUUCCGGAGGGGUUCACUAGCCUCCCGCAGCUGAAGUCAGUCGAUUUCUCUAGCAACGAUAUCCGCAUUGUUCCCUCCGAGAUUGGGAAGAUGGAGAACCUGGUCAACCUCCGGCUGAGCGGUAACCCGCUGCGCGAGAAGAAGUUCAGCACCAUUAGCACAGAUGAGAUGAAGACCAUUCUCGCCCAACGGCUAGAGCCAUCCGCAGAGGAGGACGAGCAACAAGCCCAGCCGGCGCCUGGUGGGGCUAACGAUGAAUACUUUACCGCGGACGAUACGACGACUAGCAUAGCUGCUGGCGAUGACGACAGCCGCUCCGAACUGGACAACUUUGCUACGCCACCAACGUCUACGCCAGCCUCACCAGCUCGGGCGCGCUCUCAAACGGCUUCAUGGCCCGUCAAGUCCGGCGGUGUCCUCGAUCGCUCCAACACGCAAUCGUCCUCCCUCCACCCGGUCAUCUGCUCCAAGCUCGCCACAGCCCACAAGAUCCACGAGAUCCAGCUCCACCACAACCUCUUCGCCUCGUUCCCCGAAUCCCUCACGUUCUUUGCCACUACGCUCACCGCACUCUCGCUCGCCCACAACCAACUGAUUGGCGAAUCAUAUCUCGGCGGUGCCAGCGGCAACGACAGCCUUGAGCUACCAUCCCUCAAGGAACUCAAUCUCGGCCACAACCACAUCACCGGCCUUUCCCCGCUCACCACCCACCUCCGCGCGCCACAGCUGCAAAAGCUCGACAUCUCCUUCAACCGCCUCACUGCCCUUCCCCCGGCCACCACUUUGCGGGAUAUGUUCCCCAACCUGACCGUCCUGCUCGUGUCGAACAAUCACCUGACGGAUCUCGACCCGGAGACGAUCAGGGGCAUGAAGGUGGUGGAUGCGGCCAACAACGAUAUCGCGCAUCUGAAUCCGCGCAUCGGGCUGCUUGGUGGGCACCAGGGCGCCGGCUUGGAGAGGCUGGAUGUGAGCGGGAACCGGUUCCGCGUGCCGCGGUGGAAUGUGCUGGAGAGGGGGACCGAGGCCACCCUGAGGUGGCUGAGGGGACGGGUGCCGGUGGCGGAGAUGGGGGCUUGGAAGGGGGAGGAGGGAGAGGAUGGGGAGGACGUGGAUUAA